CUCUUCCCUCUUUCCUCCUCCUCCUCCUCUUCUUCUUCCCUCCCUCCAAUCCAGCUUGGCAGGGACCGAAGGGCUGGGUGAUGCAGCGCUGCCACUGCCUCCAUCGCUGCUGCCGUGAGGAUGAGGAGGAGGAAGACGCGGUAGCCGGGAGGAAGAGCAGGACCACGGCCCUGAAGAGGAGGAGGAUGAGGAUGGUGGGGAUGAAGACGGCGGCGGUACUGGUGAUGAUGCCAAGGCGCCUCUGGAGGUAACUGGGCUCUGGAGUGUUGCGCUCUCACCAGCCCCACCUGGGCAGAAGAGGAAGAGGAAGAAGAGGAGAAGGAAGGACCCAUCCCUGCCUCCCCUCCAUUGUCUCCGGUGCCCCCCAACCUCUGGGACCAUGCACAAGCAUCACCACUGCUGCCGCUGCCCGGAAUGCUACGAAGUGACACGGAUGGCGGCCCUCCGGAGGAUGGAGCCCCCCAGCUACGGAGAAUGGCAGCAGCAGGAGCAGUAUGGCAGCGGCGGAGGGGGCUACGGGGGCUAUGGGUCGCAGACCCUCCCCUCCCAAGCUGGAGGAGGGGGAGGCGGAGGUGGGGUGGCCACCCCCACGGCCCGCACCAAAGGCAAGCUCAUCCCCACCUCUAGGGACAAUGUGCCCCCUCCGGCACCCCCUAAACAGAGCCAGGCCAAGACCUGUGGGGCUGGCACCGGCGCAGGGGGCAUCAUCGGAGGCGGCGGUGGCUGUGGGGGCAUGGGCACCCCCAAAAUGAAUGGCAACAGCCCCGGCUGGUGGCCCGAGUGCACCUGCUCGAACCGCGACUGGUAUGAACAGGCCAGUCCCUCGCCCAUCAUUGUCAACACGGAUACCCUGGAGCCCACCCUCUCCGUGAAUGGCAGCGACGGGAUGUUCAAAUAUGAAGAGAUUGUCCUGGAAAGGGGUAACUCCGGCCUCGGGUUUAGCAUCGCCGGGGGCAUCGAUAACCCACAUAUUCCCGACGAUCCCGGCAUCUUCAUCACUAAGAUCAUCCCAGGUGGAGCGGCUGCCAUGGAUGGGCGGCUGGGGGUGAAUGACUGUGUCUUGCGGGUAAACGAAGUCGAUGUCUCCGAAGUGGUCCACAGCAAAGCCGUGGAGGCGCUGAAGGAAGCUGGUCCAGUGGUCCGGCUCUUGGUGAGGCGGAGGCAGCCCCCACCAGAGACCAUCAUGGAGGUCAACCUCAUGAAGGGACCCAAAGGACUGGGCUUCAGCAUCGCAGGUGGCAUAGGAAACCAGCAUAUCCCAGGAGACAACAGCAUUUACAUCACCAAGAUCAUCGAAGGAGGAGCGGCCCAGAAGGACGGGCGACUGCAGAUUGGGGACCGGCUGCUAGCAGUGAACAACACCAACCUGCAGGACGUCCGGCACGAAGAGGCCGUGGCCGCUCUGAAGAACACCUCGGACAUGGUGUACCUGAAGGUGGCCAAACCGGGCAGCGCCCACCUCAACGAUAUGUACGCGCCGCCCGACUAUGCCAGCACUUUCUCUGCCUUGGCCGACAACCACAUAAGCCAUAACCCCGGCCUGGGUUACCUGGGAGGCCUUGAGAGCAAGCCCGCCUACCCGCCUCCGCCGCAGGUGACCCCUGCCCGCUACUCACCUGUGCCCCGCCAUAUGAUCGGCGAUGAGGACUUCACCAGGGAGCCUCGGAAGAUCACCUUGCACAAAGGCUCCACCGGUCUGGGCUUCAACAUUGUGGGUGGCGAGGACGGAGAGGGCAUUUUCGUCUCCUUCAUCCUGGCUGGGGGCCCUGCGGACCUGAGCGGGGAGCUGCGGCGUGGAGACCGCAUCCUUUCGGUGAACGGUGUCAACCUCCGGAACGCGACGCACGAACAGGCGGCGGCGGCGCUGAAGAGGGCUGGUCAGACGGUCACCAUCGUUGCCCAGUACAGGCCGGAAGAGUACAGCCGUUUCGAGUCCAAGAUCCAUGACCUCAGAGAACAGAUGAUGAACAGCAGCAUGAGUUCAGGAUCUGGCUCACUUCGGACAAGUGAAAAACGGUCUCUCUAUGUGCGGGCCCUCUUUGACUAUGACCGCACUCGGGACAGCUGCUUACCCAGUCAAGGACUCAGUUUUUCUUAUGGAGACAUCUUGCAUGUCAUCAAUGCCUCGGACGACGAGUGGUGGCAGGCGCGGCUAGUGACUCCCCACGGAGAGAGCGAGCAGAUUGGGGUCAUCCCCAGCAAGAAGAGAGUGGAGAAGAAGGAAAGGGCACGGUUGAAAACGGUGAAGUUCCAUGCCCGAACUGGGAUGAUAGAGUCCAACCGGUCGAUCAAAACGAAACGUAAAAAGAGUUUCCGCCUCUCCCGAAAAUUCCCAUUUUACAAGAGCAAAGAGAACAUGGCCCAGGAGAGCAGCGGACAGGAACAAGGUGUGACAUCAAACACCAGUGACAGCGAGAGCAGUUCUAAAGGACAAGAGGACACAAUUCUGUCAUAUGAGCCUGUGACACGGCAAGAAAUUCACUAUGCGAGGCCAGUGAUCAUUCUGGGACCCAUGAAAGACCGAGUCAAUGACGACCUCAUCUCGGAGUUCCCACACAAAUUUGGCUCCUGUGUGCCACACACUACUAGGCCUCGGCGUGAGAAUGAGGUAGAUGGGCAGGAUUACCACUUCGUGGCGUCCCGGGAACAGAUGGAGAAGGACAUACAAGACAGCAAGUUCAUUGAGGCUGGACAGUUCAAUGACAAUCUCUACGGGACCAGCAUUCAGUCUGUGCGGGCAGUAGCAGAGCGGGGGAAGCACUGUAUCCUUGAUGUGUCUGGGAAUGCGAUCAAGAGGUUGCAGCAAGCACAACUGUACCCCAUUGCGAUUUUCAUCAAGCCAAAAUCCAUUGAGGCACUUAUGGAGAUGAACCGGAGGCAGACGUAUGAACAAGCCAACAAGGUCUUUGACAAAGCCAUGAAACUGGAGCAGGAGUUUGGAGAGUACUUUACAGCCAUUGUACAAGGAGACUCUCUGGAAGAGAUUUACAGUAAAAUCAAACAGAUCAUAGAGGACCAGUCCGGGCAUUACAUCUGGGUCCCGUCCCCUGAGAAACUGUGAAGCCCCUGCCCUCCAACCAACUUGUGAGAAGACCAGAGACCCCUCCCCUAGCCCUCUGCCCCAAGAGGGGGAGCAGAAGACCAUCCCCCUCCCUUUUCUAGAUGGUUGACCAUUGCGUUUUCUAGUCCUCUUUUUCUUUCUUCCUGGGGUGGACCAUUCUCCUUCAUCAAGUGACUGUCCCCACCAUUCCUGCAUGGACCUUCCUGCUGCUCCCUUAGACAUGGAGACAAAAACCCCAUUUGAGAGUUUUGCGUGUUUUUUUAAUUUAAAAAGAAAACGAAACAGAAAAGAAAAUUACAAACAAAAGUCAAGAAGCAAGAUGGGAGGUGGCAGGCGCCGAAGUGCGACGGAUUCGGACAGUGGCUGCCCCGAAAACACACUGAGGACUGGCAACGUGGGGCGCUCUUUUCCAGGAGUGCAGUGAUUGCCCAGCACUGUGACUGAAGGAAAGGCAACAGAAUGCAUAUUAUUUAUCUGUAUAUGUAAUUAUAUAUAAUAUAUAUGCUAGAUAUAUAUUAUAUAUAUGUGUGUGUGUAUGGACUAGAAAAUACGAGGGGGCUGCUUAAGUGGUACUUUGUUAGUGCAAGGACUGUGUUGCUGCCAUGCCUCAGCCACUGGGCACAGGAACCUUUCGUGGCUGGUGCAGAUUUUAUGGUACCCAAGUGUCUUUUGGGCGCUGCUUGGUGCUUUUUCCAAAGCCAGUUCUGUGGCGAAGGCUGCGUUUGGAGAGAACAGGGUUGCGGAAGAAGCAGAGAGGGCCCGGAACCACGCGUGAAGUUGCAACCGUUGAUUUCAGCACGAGAAAGUGAACGGAUAAUAACUACAUAUUAAUUGCACAUUUUUUUUUGUCACCUGAUGUGUUUGCAUGAGAGGUUUCUUUCUUUCGUUUUUUUAAGCUGGUGUUAAACCAAAAUCAUGUUUGUGUUGGUGUGUUGGCUUUUCAUUAUUCCAGGCUUUUGAUUUUAAUAACGAACUGAACGGGUAUACAAUCCAGUUUUUUAACUUAUUUUUUAAGAUUGUUCCAUUGUAAAUAGAUUCUAGGCCCAGGCCCAACCUACAGACCAAGUGGAAUGGGCACACCAGCUCUUCGGAGUUGCAGCAGCGGGACCAGUUCCCCGUCGAGAGACUUAAUGACUCCGUGGCAUUGGCAUUUUAUUCUGGUGGAGGGAUGUGGAGCAUCGGGAAGCAGCAGCAGCAGCGGAAAAGGAGAAGAAGGGAACCUGCCUCUUGGGCAAGGAACAAUAUUUCAACCGCGUGAUGGAAUUUAGGACAAGCUUCUCUGGGAAUCCUUCGCUUAACAGAAUUUUGUCAGAUUUUGGUGGCAGCGCAUGAAGCCCUUCCCAGCCUCACACACCGCUGGGCAUGUUGUGAAGAGAAGCACCAUCCCCUUCUUCCUGUGUGUCCCUGCAUAGUUUGUGUUGCAGCGCUGCCCGUCUCCCCUGUCCCUGCCCUGAUGGUCCUUGCCACCAAUGUCUUGCAGUUCUCCUUUAGGGCAGGAGGAAGGAUGGGCUGAACAUGGGAUGCCCUCCGCCGUGGAGCAUGGACUGUGAGUCUUCCAAGGACUGCUUCUGGGGCUCCUCGAUUUGUGCUCAUCUCAGUAAUGUCUGUCAAUUGUGCAAAACUGUGGUUGCAGAGCUUCUUGUUUCAUCGCUGAACAAGAAAGUUAAGAUGGACUGGUGAGAAAUUCUGGGAGGAGAUGAUUUCAAGCAUUCCUGGUUUGGUGCAAGCCCUUGCUUCUUAGCCAAAGGGGAAGAUGUGCUCACUUUCCCAGUCUUGCCCCCACUCCCACCCAUCCCACCCCCUGCCCCUUGAAACGGGUGCUUUUCUGGUUUCCGCGGAGUGAGAGCCACGACUGCUACGGGAAGAGAGCAGAGCGCUCGCCUGACAGGUACGACCGGGCCUCGGCUUGUAGCAGGGGUAUGCUGCCCGCUCCGUCGCUGGUAGGUAGCUGUGUCAUUCAUUGUGUGAUUUGUGCACGGGCUUCGUUGUUAAACAUGGGUGAGAAACUUGUCAUCUUGCGGAGAUUCAUUCUGGUAAGCGAGAAGCCAUUUCCGCGUCAGCUGGUGUUGCAAGAACUUCCAAGUGGAACUUUGCUAGUCCUAGAGCUGCUGUCGGCUGGCAGGACUAUGAAGAAUAAAAACGAGGGAGCCGAUGCCAGAGACGGAGCCCCGGCGGAGGGAAUUGGGACCAGGGCUGCCACCGACUCCCUCCGCUCUGCCAGCGCUGCCGGGCGCGUUCUUGAGAACCGGCCUGGGCGCAACCGAAACAGCUUCUGAGGCGGUUAGUCUCCAGGCUCCGACUCCUUUUAUUUUCUAAUAGCCUGUCACCUUGUCUUCUAGGCCCAUGGAGAAAAAAGGUCUGUGUGCUCCAUGGCAUAGCUGAAAGUAUCAAUCAUGACACUAGUUGGUUUACCAGUGUUUCUUCCAAGGAGACAUAUAUUUUUAAUAAACAGAACGUUGCAAUGAA